AUGGCGACCCCGCCGGUGACCUCUCACGGGGCGGCGGGACCGGAGCCCAAGCAGCUCCCGGAGCUGACCGCCCUUAAGCGAGACGGAGGCCGCCUGAGUGAGGGGGACAUAAAGGGCUUCGUGCGCGUGGUGGUGCACGGGAGCGCGCAGGGCGCACGCCUGGGGGCCAUGCUCACGGCCAUCCGACUGCGAGGCGUGGGUCUGAAGGAGACUGGGGCGCUAACCCAGGCCCUGGCCAACUCUGGGCGAAGGCUGGAGUGGCCAGAGGCCUGGCGCCAGCAGCUCGUGGACAAACACUCCGCAGGGGGAGUGGGUGGCGAGGUCAGCCCGGUCCUGGUACCUGCCCUGGCUGCCUGUGGCUGCAAGGUACCCAUGAUCAGCGCACAUGGUUUGGGGCACACAGGGGGCACCUUGGAUACACUAGAGUCUAUUCCUGGAUUCACCGCCAUCCAGAGCCCAGAACAGGUACCUGUGGAUCUGCUGGAGGGAGUGGGCGGCUGCAUCGUGGGUCAGAGCAGGAAGCUGGUUCCUGCGGAUGGAGUCCUGUAUGAAGCCAGAGACGUGACAGCAACUGUCCACAGCCCGCCCCUCGUCACCGCCUCCCCCCUCAGGAAGAAGGUGGCGGAGAGCCUGUCUUCUCUGGUGGUGGAUGUGAAGUUCAGAGGGGCCGCCACCUUCCCUAGCCGGACGUAGGCCUGGGAGCUGGCAAGAGGACCGGUUGCUGCACGGGCAGGCCUGGGGCUUCGAGUUGCAGCGGCUCUGACCGCUACAGACAAGCCCCUGGGCCGUAGUGUGGGCCACACCCUGGAGGUGGAGGAGGCUCUGCUUUGCUUGGAUGGCGCUGGGCCACCGGACCUGCGAGACUGCCCCGGACUCCCGCCGGCAGGGGGCGCCCUGCUCUGGCUCAGCGGACAGGCGGAGGCCCAGGAGGAGGGCGCUGGCCGGGUGGCUGCGACGCUGGAUGACGUCUCAGCCCGGGACCACUUCGAGCGAAUGCUUGCGAUGCAGGGUGUAGACCCGGGCCUGGCCGGAGCCCUAAGUUCCGCAACCCCUGCGCAGCGCCGGCAGCUGCUACCCCGCGCCUGGAAGCAAGAGGAGCUGCUCGCGCCCGUCGACGGCACCAGGGAACUCAUCCGGGCCCUGCCGCUGGCGCACGUGCUGCACGAACUCGGAGCCGGGCACAGCCGUGCCGGGGAGCCGCUUCGACUCUGGGUGGGCCAGAGGCUGCGACUUGGGACGCGGUGGCUCCGAGUGCACUUGGACAAUCCAGCGCUCAGCGGCCCGCAGCGCCGCGCCCUGCAGGAGGUGCUCGUGCUCUCGGACCGCGAGCCCUUCGGGGACCCCUCGCCCUUCGCUGAGCUCAUCUUGCCGCAGACCAACGGGCAGCAAUAA